AUGGCUUUCAAUCGUAAUCAGACGUACUUCGACUUCACUCCGCCGCCGCAACGAAGAUUUUCUCGACGACCGACCAAGAUGUCCGCGAUGCUCGCCGAGUCGGACCUGUCGGAGCGGUGCCCUUGCGGGCACUGUGAUGAUGACGCCGGGAAGACAGAGCCCGAACGCCGACCGAAUCGACGCGGUUUCCGAGCGCUGGUUCGAAGGGUCAAAGAAAAGAUCAAGACGUGGUGGUUGAGAGACGAAGACGCCGAAGAGUGGAACAAGUUUGUGGACGAAGUAAUCUCGACGCGAAAGCAGACAGAGCGCCCAAUCCGCACCUCGCCGAUGACGAUACGAUUCGAGCGACACACACGAUUCGACCGCCGUCCGACGGACCGGUACGUGAACGAUGUAGCGAAGGGGAUCGACCGGAAGAAAAGACGAGGGGUUCUAUAA